AUGACUCCGCCCUCGCUCGCCUCCAAUGAGUCCUACGCUUCGAUAUUCCAGGACAACUCCCUCAUCGGUGGUCCCUUGGACGUCGUCAGCGCUAUCCUCGCCAACACCACAACCCUCACCUUCCAGAUUGAAGGAAAGCGCGUUCUCGUCGACCCGCACGUCUUCGUCUCGCAUCGUCUCGCGGAACAGCCCUGGGGACGCCACGGCGCACGUCGUGAGCGCCGUCGUGGGCACGUUCUGAAGAGCCACCCCGUCGCGUUCUACCAAGGAAUCUCGACGAACUCAUUGUCAUACACGCUCCGGAUCGGGUUCCUCUCGCUCAUGUCGAGCGAUGCAGAGGAAGAGCUGGAGCGGGCUGUGGACGAGGCGCAGGAGAAUGGCAUGGUUUCGAAACGCGACGAGCCAGGUGGCGCCGUCCCAGCAGAAAAGAACGGUCUGCACCUGCACCUCCUCGACGCGUUCACCGAUGAGAUCGCGCGCUUGGGCAAGUGGAACGGAAAGGCAUCCGAGGGCUUCGUCGGCCGCACGCAUUUCAGCGUCCCGCCUACCAGUCGCGGGAAGCCCGUGCGCUCUCGCCCAACUCCUGGGGUCGUCGUUUUCCUCAAAGUCAAGGUGCCGGGCGCGGCGAACGUGCCGAAGAGCAAGCUGUCGCCAGGAUACGAAGACGUACGGCGAGUGCUGUGCGGUGAGAUCACGCGCGACAAGAGCCAACACCGCAACCAGUUUCGCGAGGCCGCACAGAAGUUCAACCCACCCACACGGCUCCUGGCGCUCGAAUGGUCCUUUGACAUCCCGCUCUCCACGGUGCACCGCUCUUGA